AAAUCCUAAGAGCUGGUCUGGUCUUAACUAGCCGGCGAUCCACGAAACCGACUCAUUCCUCGAACUCUUUUACAUGUUCUUCUCUUCGCCAGCACAAAGAAGCUUCUCUUUUUCUCAUUAUUUUAAGCUCACAAUCUCAGCUUUAUGCCAUUUAUUAAAGAACCAAGGCUGAUUCUUUUGUAGUGUUCAAAUAUGGCUUCCAAAUCAUUCAAAGGAAGCCGAUCAAACCUAUCAACGUCUUCAGAUGCUCAUGAUGCACACAGACCACCAUUACCUCCAACUGUGACAUUUGGCCGGAGAACUUCCUCUGGUCGCUACAUCAGCUACUCACGCGAUGAUCUUGACAGUGAGCUUGGAAGUAGUGAUUUCAUGAACUACACAGUACACAUACCGCCCACCCCUGAUAAUCAACCUAUGGAUCCAUCAAUCUCACAGAAGGUUGAGGAACAAUAUGUUUCGAAUUCACUCUUUACGGGAGGUUUCAAUAGCGUUACUCGAGCACAUCUCAUGGAUAAGGUGAUUGAAUCUGAAGCAAACCAUCCCCAGAUGGCUGGUGCAAAAGGGUCUUCAUGUGCAAUCCCAGGGUGUGAUGCGAAGGUGAUGAGUGAUGAGCGUGGUGUGGAUAUUCUCCCUUGUGAGUGUGAUUUUAAAAUAUGUAGGGACUGCUAUAUUGAUGCAGUGAAAACUGGAGGUGGGAUUUGCCCAGGAUGUAAGGAGCAAUACAAGAAUUUAGAUCUGGAUGAGGUGGCCGUGGAUAAUGGGCGGCCACUACCACUUCCUCCCCCAGCUGGAAUGUCCAAAAUGGAGAGAAGGUUGUCUUUGAUGAAGUCAACAAAGUCGGUGCUGAUGAGGAGCCAAACCGGGGAUUUUGAUCACAAUCGGUGGCUGUUUGAGACUAGAGGAACUUAUGGUUAUGGUAAUGCUAUAUGGCCAAAGGAUGGGAAUUUUGGAAAUGGGAAAGAUGAUGAUGUAGCAGAGCCACAAGAAUUGAUGAGCAAACCCUGGAGGCCACUUACACGAAAAUUAAAGAUACCUGCUGCUGUUCUCAGCCCAUAUAGGUAUAGUUCUCUGUUCUUGAUUAAUCAUUAUGUUAAUUUUCUCCUUUUGAAUUUAGGCAUUCUGAUGAUGAUAUGA